CGCGAAGGCCUCACUACCGGCGUCCGCUCGCCGGCGCCAUUUCUGUAGAGAGGAACGGCAGUGCGGCCUGUGAUCAUGGCGCUGUUCCCGGCGUUUGCCGGCAUUGGUGAGGCUCCCAAUAGCGGCAGCGCCAGGAAAGAAUUAGACUGGCUGAGCAACCCGAGCUUCUGUGUCGGAGCCAUAGCCUCUCUGAGCCAACAACCUGAAGAGGCCACUGCCCUGCUGUCUGAAGGGUCGCCGCUGACGAGGAGUCCUCUGAAAUCAGAGCCUUCAGAUGAAAGUGAUGUUAACAGAAAGCCCAAACAAACAAGCAGAAAAAAGAAGAAAGAGAAAAAGAAGAGGAAGCAUCACCACAAGAAAACCAAGAGAAAACGUGGGCAGGCCAGUAGCAGUGGUUCCGAGCCGGAUAGUGAGCCCGAAAAGGACAAAACUUCCAGAAGCACUGGGGACAGUAGAAAGGAAUCCGAGAAACCAAGUCAAGAAGGUAACGCUGCUGCUGAUACUGGGCAUCGCUUUGUGUGGCUUGAGGAUGUUCAGGCUCUGACAGGAGAAACCUUCAGAACAGAUAAGAAACCGGAUCCGGCCAACUGGGAGUAUAAGUCUCUCUACCGAGGAGACAUAGCACGGUACAAGAGGAAAGGAGACUCCUGCCUGGGCAUUAAUCCUAAGAAGCAGCGUAUAUCCUGGGAGGGGGCUCCCACAGAAAAGAAGCGUUCCCACAAGCAUGCUGAGCGCUAUUUUACGAAGAAGAGCGUGGGAUUAAUGAACAUUGAUGGAGUUGCCGUUGGCAGUAAAACCGAACCUCCCUCAUCUGAGCCAGUCUCUUUUAUCCCAGUGAAGGGCUCGGAUGAUGUGGUUCCACCCGUUACGACCUGGUUGAACCCUCUGGGGAUUUACGAUCAGUCCACCACACAGUGGUUACAAGGACAGGGUCCUUCAGAGCAAGAAGCAAAACAGCCAGACUCACAGACGGACAGAGAGAAUGCACUGCUCAAGGCCAAGGUGGAGGAGUUCAACAGGAGAGUGCGGGAGAAUCCUCACGAUACCCAGCUUUGGAUGGCGUUCGUGGCUUUUCAGGACGAGGUCCUGAAAAGCCCCGGCCUGUAUGCCGUGGAGGAAGGCGAGCCGGAGAAACGGAGGAGGUCUCUGAAGCUGGUGCUGGAGAAGAAGCUGGCCAUCCUGGAGCGGGCCAUCGAGAGCAACCAGAGCUCCGUGGAGCUGAAGCUGGCCAAGCUGAAGGUGUGCGCGGAGUUCUGGGAGCCCUCCACGCUGGUCAAGGAGUGGCAGAAACUGAUUUUUUUACACCCCAACAAUACGGCCCUUUGGCAAAAGUACCUUUUAUUUUGCCAAAGCCAGUUCAGCACCUUCACCGUGUCGAAGAUCCACGGUCUUUACGGCAAGUGCUUGAGCACUCUGUCCGCGGUGAAGGAUGGCAGCAUCCUGUCGCACCCCGCCCUGCCGGGCACCGAGGACGCGAUGUUUGCUCUGUUCCUUCAGCACUGCCACUUCCUGCGGCAGGCCGGUCACUCUGAGAAGGCCGUCUCCCUGUUCCAGGCCAUGGUGGACUUCACCUUCUUCAAACCUGACAGCGUGAAAGACCUGCCUACCAAAGGACAGGUGGAAUUCUUUGAGCCCUUCUGGGACAGCGGGGAGCCCCGGGCCGGGGAGAAGGGCGCCCGAGGCUGGAGAGCGUGGAUGCACCAGCAGGAGCGAGGCGGCUGGGUGGUCAUCAGUCCAGAUGAUGAUGAUGAUGAACCAGAAGACGAGGACCAGGAAAUAAGAGAGAAGAGUCUGCCCAGGUGGCAGAUCUGGCUCGCCGCCGAGCGGUCCCGAGAGCACAGGCACUGGCGGCCCUGGCGCCCUGAUAAGACCAGGAAGCAAACCGAGGAAGACUGUGAGGACCCGGAGAGACAGGUGCUGUUCGAUGACAUCGCGCAGUCUCUGAUCCAGCUCUCCAGCCGGGAUCUUCAGUUUCAGCUGGUUGCGGCCUUUCUGCAGUUCCUGGGCGUGCCUUCUGGCCUCAGCCCCCCGGCCUCCUGCCUCUACCUGGCCAUGGACGAGAACAGCAUCUUCGAUAACGGGCUUCAGGAUGAAAAGCCACUGACUUUUCCCAACCUGUCCUUUUCCGGCGUCAGCUGUGUUGGCCGCUCAGACCCCCUGGGCUGCCGGCGCUGGACCCGCGGUCACAAUCGAGAGGGCGAGGAGUUCAUCCGCAACAUCUUUCACCUUGUGAUGCCUCUGUUUUCGGGCCAGGAGAGGUCUCAGCUCUGCUUCUCUUGGCUACGGUACGAGAUGGCAAAGGUCAUUUGGUGUCUGCACACUAAAAACAAGAAGAGGUUAAAGUCACAAGGAAAGAACUGCAAAAAACUCGCCAAAAAUCUCCUUAAGGAGCCGGAAAACCGCAACAAUUUUUGCCUCUGGAAGCAGUAUGCACAUCUGGAGUGGUUGCUGGGCAACACCGAGGAUGCCAGGAAGGUGUUCGAUGCGGCGCUCGGCCUGGCGGGGAGCGGAGAGCUGAGGGGGUGUGAGCUCUGGGAGCUGAGCCUCCUCUACGCGGAGCUGGAGCUGGAGCUGGAGCUCUCGCCCGACGUGAGCGGGGCCGCCACGGCCCGAGCCGUCCACAUACUGACCAGACUGACGGAGAGCACGGCCUACGGGCCCUACUCCGGGCCGGUGUUGGCCGUUCAGGUUUUGAAAGCCCGGAAGGCUUACGAGCACGCGCUGCAGGACUGUUUGGGGCAGAGCUGUGGCUCCUCUCCCCACCUGACCAGCGUGGCGAAGUGCUUCAUGCUCUUCCAGUAUUUGACCGUGGGGAUCGACGCCGCCGUGCGGAUCUACGAGCAGGUGUGUGUGAAGCUGACGGGCUCGGUGUCACCGGGGGACUGUGGCUGGGAGGACACCGGCAGCGCCCAGAGCCCGGGCCGUGUCCUCGAGGCCGUCACGCUGAUGCACGCCAGCCUGCUCCGAUUCCACACGAGAGUCCGUGUGUACCCUCUGGCUCCUCUGCGCCGGGCGCUCUCGGACGCUUUACACGUGUACCCCGGCAACCAGCUUCUUUGGAGGGCCUACGUACAGAUUCAGAGUAAGUCCCACACAGCCAGUAAGACCAGAAGAUUCUUCGAUGCCUUGACCAGGUCUGCCAAACCCUUGGAGCCUUGGUUGUUUGCAAUCGAAGCCGAGAAAAUGAGGAAGAGGCUGGUGGAAACCGUUCAGAGGGUGGAUGGCAGAGAGGUCCACGCCACAAUUCCUGAGACCGGCUUGACGCAUCGGAUCAAAGCCCUGUUUGAAAAUGCGUUGCGGAGCGAGAACGGCAGCCAGUGCCCCUUACUGUGGAGAAUGUAUUUGAAUUUUUUGGUGUCCUUGGGAAACAAAGAAAGGAGCAAAGGCGUGUUCUACAAAGCACUUCAGAAUUGUCCUUGGGUAAAGGCGCUGUACCUCGAUGCCGUGGAGCACUUCCCUGAGGAGAUGCAGGAGGUCCUGGACCUGAUGACAGAGAAGGAGCUGCGGGUGCGCCUGCCCAUGGAGGAGCUGGAGCUUCUGCUUGAGGACUAGAGCCGGGAGGGACCGGGACCCUACCUUCCAGGCCUUGUCGCCUGCCCUGCCGGAGCCGAGAUGCACGAGACGGGCGACGCGGGGGUGCGUGUUGCAGGAGCUCUGCUUUUGAAGUCCAGCUUUAAUUGUUAGUAAUUUAUACCUGGGUCAUCAGUUUCUUACCUCUUGCACAUUUUUUGGAUGUGCAAAUGACACAGAAGCUGUUGUUUACAUAUUAUAUAUGUGAAUAUGUAGAUAAGAAUCAUGCCAAGUGAUAACACCUCGUGGUUGGCGCGUGCGCGUUUGUUCUCUUCCUCUGCUCCGCCAGCCCCGCCAUAGCGAGAGUGCCCUGUUGGCUGGCAUUCUUGGUCGUCCUGCCAGGGUUUCUGGGUCUUGAUAGGAAAAGUCUGGUCAUGGUAGGAAAGGUCUGGUUGCUGAACCUCUUGCCCAGGCUGGUUAGCAGGAGAGCAGAUUUUGUCCUUCUCUUCGGGCCACAACAGUGGAGAGUCCAUGUAAAACUUGGUGUUCUGGCCCGUAUCAAGUGUACGAAGUUUCUCACGAUCCCCAAGCUCUUCCUGACGCCUCCCAGCUGUGGACCCGCAGCAUCACCUGGGCGCCUGGGAGAGAUGCAGCCCCGCGGGCCCACCUCAUCCGUCUGCACUUGAGCAGGACCCCUGGAGACUUAGGAGCCCCUGGGUGUGGAAAGCACUGCCUGAGGAAAGGACCCUGCUGCAGGGAGCCCGUGGGCAGCCAUCUGGGAAGAGUGCAGAACGGAGCCGGAGGCUUCCCACCAGACCCCCUGCCUGUGGGACGGGCCACAGGAUGCUUCGUCUGGGUAGGAGAAGUGCUGCUGGAGACGGAGGCCCGGGCCGGCCUCGUCCUUGUUUCGGCGUCUGACGGCUGUGAACGGAAUGAAAUGUAAAUAUCCACAUUCAGACCACUUCCUUCUGAAAAGGACAUGCCUGCAGUUAUUAACUGCUGAUAUUUAACUGGGAGGGAAUUGCUUUAUCUUCUCUGAGGCCUUGCUCUUAAAAAAAAAAAAGACAAAAACUGUGAUGGCUACAAUUGCUAAAGUUGCAGUUCUCUGGCAUCUCAUCCAGAAAAGCCAGUUCUCUGGCAUCUCAUCCAGAAUUUUGGCUAGAAACAGCUGGAAAAGAAGGGUGGCAAGUCAGAGCCCCUGUGAGGAAGGUGGCCAGCCAACCAAGUGGACGCUUGCCUUGCCUGCCCCACUCACCACUGGCUUGAACACAGACCUGCUCGGAAAGGAGAGAAGUGCAGGAAAUAGGGAAGGAGAGGGGGAAGCUCUCUCGUGGUUUUGAACGCCCUGGAGAACAGGGGAUGACAGGGCAGGGGAGAGACGUCAGCCCAGGCCUGUGGAGAUUCCUGGUAGGAACACCACACUUUCCUGCCCCCAGAGUGCCGAGAACCCGCAGGCUUCACAGACCUUCCAAAAUGGAAAGCUGCGUUUCCUUCUGAAGCCACGGCCACACUCGGCCUGUGUUGCUUCAAUAGCAGAGACCACUCACUGGCUCCAUGGUCACGCUUCCCCACUACCUGCUGUCCAGCUUUGCCACCGGCUCUGGGCGUGUGAGGCCGGACAAGAGUGCCGAAGUCUGCAUUCCCUGUCACCGCCCAGGUCCACCUGCUUGUUGCUGCUGAGCGCCAGGUGGGGCGGCUCCAGAAAGAAGGUGAAGUGUUUGAGAAGGAACACGCUUUAUUGGGGACAGAGCACUGCACGUGACCAACAGAGCAACAGCCGGGGGGGGGGGAAGUCCUACACAUCACGCUCAAAAAGGUACACAGGAGGUUUCGCUAAGAAAGAUCAACUGGAACGGGAGUUCCUCUGGGCAAAUUCCCCAGCCUCCUCCCUUCAAGGGGUUGGGAAGCCCCCGACCGUUUCCUUGAAGGCAGCUGGGGUCCGCUAGAGAUACAGCCCCUCAGGGGUGCCUUCUUGUUUCUUAUAAAGAACAUUUUCUUUAGAUUUCUUGAAGUCUUCAUUGGUCACUUUCAUUCUCCGUUCUCUCAAGGCCAUCAGACCAGCUUCUGUACAGAUCGCCUGUAAAAAAGAACAGUAUGUUCAGAAAGAGAUUUUUUAUUUGGACUGCAUCCAUUCGAGGUGAAAGUGAAAUAAGGUGUAUGACACCCAGACUAAACAAACUGCUUAAACCAUUUGGGAAAAGAUUAGAUCUUUUGAAUGUUUUACGCACUCCAAUUUUACUUUCUCAGAGGAUCUGAGGUGGCUCUGAGGAGGAAGACUGGCUUGGGUUCUAAGCAGCGGGGGUGGCCUGACGGAAAAGUUCUCAGUCCUCCACCCGUUACAGGGAGCCAUGUUUCUUCCUGGGCACCAGCUGCAAUUAUACCAGGAAACUGAGCGGCAGCCAAGCAUCCAUCCAGUUUGUUCACCCACAGUCAGAAGAGAACACGUAUUCUGGCUAACUGUAAGUCUCAGGACAGUAUUCACUGUGAUACAUUUAUUUUCUCAGUCAUCACUUGCCAAAAGUAAAACAGGAACCCAUUCAACGUGAUGUGACAAAAACACAAUCCUGGCAUUGAAGUUUUUAUCUGGUUAUGGCCCUCAGGAUAUUUCAGAUGGUUCAGCAAAAAAGUCUAUUUGUGAACAAAAAGAUAAAGCAGUAAAAUGGUAACAUCUCAUAAAUCAGGGUGAAACACGUAUAUGGUAUUUACUAUUGUUGCAACUUUUCUGAAGACUUCAAAUUUUUCAAAAUAUAAAGUUGAUGCAAAAUUUUAAAAUAAUUUUGAUUUUAAAAAGAGCUUCUUACUCGCCAACAAAGACAUUAACCUAGUUCUACAGAGGCCCACGAUACGCAGCGGAGUGCAGGCGCCAGCAUGACAAGGCCCGACGUGUGCCAUCCUGACCGUGGCCCUUACAGCUGACCAAGACCUAGGUCCUCACCUGAAGGGCAGGCUGGACCCAGAUUCAGUGCUGCCGGGUGCUGCUCUAAUUCUGGUCAUCGGGGAAGAAAUGUCCUAACACUCUCACGCACAGCUGAGAGAUGCCACGCAGCCCAGGUUCUCACCUUGAUGUCGGCACCAGAGAGGUCAUCUUUAGCCAUGAUCAGGUCGUCCAGGGUCACGUCAUCAGCCAGCGUCAUCCUGCUUGUGUGGAUCUGGAAGAUGCGCUUCUUGGUCUUUUCGUCCGGCAAGGGGAACUCGAUCUUCCUGUCGAUGCGGCCUGUGGGUAGAAAAGGUUUCCAAUCACAGCCCUGUGCAGCCCCCAGGUCAGCUCCAGCUCACGGAGGGCCUGAGCCCGUGUCCUCACUCGUGCAGUUUCAGUCAGCACCCUGUGGGCAGGGGGGUCCACGUCCUACAAAGUGAACAAUCCUCUUGUAGUUUGUAAAUGUCUACAUGUGAAUUCAUCCCAUUUAAAAGAAAUCCUCUCUGCUCUGGUACCCUUAGAAAUAAAGGAAUGGCUCCUGAAUGGCCUAAGUAGUGGAAAAGGACAGAUGAUGUUGAAAACAUUACAUAAGCAUAAGCAAAUUAGCCACUGCUGCUUCCUGGUGUGACCUGCAUGUAAAAAAACGAACCUGAGUUUGCAUAUGAACUAUUCCUUCGGAAAAAAAUAUUCAGUAUGGGAAAGAGAAAAGAUCACAACUUCAGAUUGGAAUUAAAGGGGCCACGCUACACCAGCUGCAUUCUGUCCUCACUCACCCAUGACCUCGGGACGCUGUUUUUAGUAAGUUACUCUGCACUUCAAUUGUGUACUUGCCUUGAUAUGUAUCAUUUUUAAAUCCCCUGCCCAUGCACUUAGACACAGACACACCAACACAGUAGCUGUCCCUGAUGGAACAAGCAAUCUGACCUGGUCUGAUAAGGGCCGGAUCCAGAGUCUCUAUUCGGUUUGUGGCCAUGAUAACUUUCACGUCACCCCUCGAAUCAAAUCCAUCCAAUUGGUUCAGCAGCUCCAACAUUGUUCGUUGAAUUUCUCUCUCACCACCAGAAUUUGAAUCGUAUCUUUGAAAAAGAAGAGGAGUGAAAACCAAACUGAUCUGAAGGGGAAAUGGAAGGCCUCCGACACAAACGCUGACGCCCUCAAUUAAUUCUAACAACAAAACCAGCACACACUCCCAACUGCCAGAUCACGUUAUUUAAAUUGUAGAAGUUUUCAUGCCCGAGUUUACAAUUUAAUUCAGUCUCCAUGUUUGCUGUCUGAGCCCCCAACCCGACCAGGAGCUCCUGGAGGGCAGAGGCUUGCAUACAGCGGCUGUGUCCCCAAAGUCCAGAUGAUGCCCAGCUCUGAGCAGAUGCUGGGGACGCGGUUAUGGACUACUCUCCAGGCAGUCACAACUCCUGGGUGGUGGUUACCUGGCGCCUGGGAGAGCACAGCCUAAAGCACCCAGAGUGCCAUGUAUGGCAGGACCUGUGGCAAAGCCAUGUGCAGGGCAUACAGGGAGUACGCCAUGAUUAUUCUCAGGGAAGAGCUCCGGGGUUUUUACCUCUGCCCAACACAAAGAGAGAAGUGUACCUUUUUGUUCCAAUGGCAUCAAUUUCAUCAAUAAACACGAUGGAUGGUGCGUGUUCUUCUGCAACUCGAAACAAUUCCCGAACAAGCUUGGGCCCGUCACCUAGGUACUUCUGAAUCAGUUCAGAGCCAACCACUCUCAAGAAAGUGGCUGAGGUUUGGUUUGCUACUGCUUUGGCUAGUAAGGUUUUACCUAUUUUAGAUUUAAAAAGAGAAAGGAAAAAAAUGCUGUUUUAAUUUAAAAACUCUGUCACUUAAAUGGGCACCAGAAAUGGGCAGAUCCCUGUGAAUGAAAAGGCAUGCCCCCAUUCAGGUAUCUGGACAUUCUGUUCUCCAAAGCAGGUAAGAGGAAACGGAGAAAACCUACAUAAUGUUUUGAUUAUUUUUCACAGUCUUCCUAAAUUCUUCAUUACAAUGUCAGAAAGUGCAUUUUACUGGGUUAUUCAGAGCUGCAGAGAUAAUUAACCUGACCCAUGCAACCAGGGUUAGAGACUGAAAAUCAACUCCUGUGAAACUAUCCGUGAUGGGAAAGCGGCCUGAGAACCAUAGGUCUGACCUAAGUAAGUGCACUUUGAUCUGGAGGACCAGGCCUGCAGUCCCUGCGGCUGACAGUCUCGGCUGUGUUGGGGGGGCUUGCCUGAGGCUCAGCUGAGACAGGACAGGCUCCCGAUGAAGCCCACAACCGAGAACUGCUGAAAGCUCUAGAGACGUCUCAGUCUCUGGUGUGCCCUCGUGAGGGUCAUUCCUCUUAGGGACAAUCUCAAACUGCUCCAUUCCUUGAUAUCUCUAUUUUAGGUCAAAAAUGAGAUUUGGUGGCCAUCUUGUGAACUUUAGGGCUGGAAGACCUUGGCCCCUUUGAUGGUGAGGACAUGGGCACAGGGCCAAGCAGGGGCAUCAGGACACAGGAGCAGCUAGAGGCAGAGCUGUAAAGGACCAAGCUUAGGCCUGCAGGGGGAGGGGGCUGCUGGUGAGUGACACAGAAGACUUAGUUCGAGUGGGAGGGAGGACAAGGUACUAGCUUUGCAAUAAGACAGGGCCACGAUGUCUUUCUGGUCAGAAAGGCAGAGGAGCAGGUGUGAGGGCUUAGAAGCAUGGACUUCUCCCUUGGAGUACCAGUUAAGGAUGGUGAACAGAAGACAAAAAGGACCUCCUAAGCGGAUGGCACCUGAUAGUCCAGAAGCAGCCACGGCCAGCUGCUGGAACACUUCAGUAGCCAGCGGGAUCACCGAACCAGGCUCUUCCUCCUCCUGACGCGGGCCACCCUGUGCUCCACCCCGGCUCCUCACAUCGGCCCCUGCCAGUGCACAUGCACGAAGGCGGCCCACAGCUGCAGCUCCAGCCCCGACACCUGCUCAACUCCCAGAGCUCCUGCGGCCUUGUGCUAGUCACCGGCCUCUCUGAUGAAACUGAAUUUCCUGGGCUGUGAGAUGAUGAGCUGCAAAAGCUCCACGCCUCUGAGUUCAGUUGUCUCCCAAUGUCUCCACUGUGGGCAAUCCUCAGUGAUCCCUUCACUCAAAUAACUGUGCUUCCUUUGGAAUUUACAUAGCUGUGAACUGCUGAGUCCUGUACAACUUACUCAGGUCAAUUAAUUGCACGAUGAACCAAAUACGUAUUUGUAUCUGCAUCUAUUCAUCCAUUAUAUUCAUUCAGUACAGUGGACCAGAGAAUGAACCCAAUCUGAACAGCACAGAAUAGCUUUUAACUCCAUGGUUCUCCAUCAUGGCUCUGAUACCUGGCCACACUCCAGAUGAACAGAUCAGCAUUUUCAGAGAUGGGACCAGGCAUCGGUAUUUUUUAAAGCUUCAAGGUGAUUUCUAUGUACAGCCAAGGAUGAGCAUCCUGGUUUGUGUCUUAUAAACUAUUUUUAAUAGACUCACAUUAACUCUUACGAAUACUUGAAAAUCUUACGUUUUACAGCAUAUAUAUCUAAUAUAUUUGAGUAGAGAGAGUUGUUCUAAGAAACUGUAAAUGCAUUCACAUUGAGCAGGCAUUCUGGGGGGGGGGAGGGCUUACCUACUGGUGUUUAUUUUUUGUUGCAAUUCCCACUAUUGUUUUUAACAACACAUCAAAAUCUGUUAAGUCUACAAUUUCAAGUCUAAGAUAAUUCAGUUUUUUAGCAUCUACUAUACGGAUAAAUAUACCUUUAUGUAAUAGAUGUAGUUCCAUAUUUACUCAGAAAAUGUCCAAAAUGUUUAGAAAACCUUGUUUUGAACUAAGGAAUUGUGGCAUCCUUACUCAAGAAUUAAAUAAUUAUAACAAAUUAAUGCUGCAGCUCAAGAGAUCAGCUGAGCGUCCAGAAAGUGUCAAACACAGAGCGUACAAACCUGUGCCAGGUGGGCCAUAGAGAAUGACCCCCUUUGGGGGCUUUAUACCCAUCUCUUCAUAAUAUUCAGGAUGAGUGAGAGGAAGCUCCACAGAUUCCUAUAGAAAACAAAUGCUUGGUAAAAAUGAAAUGGUUUCUUACUGAAAUUAUCAGAUCCAUGAAUUGGCAUCCUGGAUAUAUCAUCUCACUUUCAAUAACAAUAAGCUAAAAGGUCACUCUUGUUAGAGACAACAUGCUUGACAUCGUCUAGCAGCAGGGACAGAUGGGUGAGGACAUCUGUCCUCCCUGAGCUCGAAGCACCCGUCCCCUUCCUAUUGCACCCAGUUUCCCUCUCACUUUCUCGUAGAAGUCCGCCUUGAGCAACAUUUAAGGUCUUCCUGAGCAAAAGGAACUUAAAGUGGAAAUACACCCUUUUCAAUUAAACUACAGACAGGAGCUGGCGAGAUUUUCUGAUUGCGGUUACACUGAUGGACAGGAUGGCUACUUCCCAGCUGUCUGCGGGGUCACUGGUGGUGACCGGUGACAGCUCUGCACGACCCCCCUACAGAUGAAGCAACCUGCAGAUGAGAUGGCUGGCCCACAGCCAGCCUGCACAACCACUUCCCUUCACCCCACUCACACUGUCCCCGCACAUCACUGGAGGUUUCCAGAUAGCCACAGCUGAAGUCAACACAAACGGAAACCUUAUAUAUCCAUACUGAUAAUAAUUAAGCUUUGCAUAUAAGGUGCAGCUGCUGCAACAAUCAUACAAUUUGUUUCUAUUACCUAACUCAGGAUUAACAAAUACAAUUCUCCACAACUGGCAAGCUCUGAGCCAGUUACUGGUCUGAUCACUAAAGAAAAAACAAAAUAUGCAAAAUAACUCUAAGCACCCUAAAUGAGAUAGUAAGAAACCAAAAAUCUAGAAACCCAGAGCUGGUUCUUAGACCUACCUUAAUCUCCUGGAUUUGGUUGUCCAACCCCCCGAUAUCAGCAUAGGUUUCCUGGGGCGCCUUUUCUACCUUCAUCACUGUGACCAAGGGAUCCGUGUCAUCCAUGAGCACCCCUAUGACAGCAUGCACCUAACAGAGGACAUUCAGUUUUAAUGCAGAAAUGUGAGGUUCACACAAUCCAUUCACAACAAAGCAACGCCGAUCACAGAGUGGCACAAAUGGACAGAUCUGAGAGGAAGGAGAAAGAGCUCCUAGGCGCUUAGAGACCAUCAACUUGCCUUGUGGUUGAGGAGGACGGAGCAGCCUGGUUCCAGCAGAUCCUUGUCUACAAAGGAAAGAAUGCUGACGUAGUGUUCUGAGCCCACAGAUGUAGACACGAUGGCAUGAUUGUCAUCGAUAAUCUCUUCCAAGGUUCCUACUGACAUUGGGGUCCCCCUCAGAUCAUCCACCUUAGAUCUUUCCUCCUAUGUAAGAGUAUGGCAUGAAGGAAAAGCAGAUUAGACCUAAAAAGCAGACAAGGCUGACAGAUUUUACUAGAUUUACUAGAUUUUACUACAUUUACCAGGCAGGUGAUGCUUUUUUUUAAAAGGCAGCCAGUCCGAAUGGGUCAACUACUUGAAUUUCAUUUAUUCACUGAAUUCGAUUUAGUACCUAAAACUGUUAAUUUGUAAAACAAAAGUUACAUUAAUUUCUUAAUUACCUCUUGCUUUUCUUCUAAAGGCUUCAUUUGUUCCUGAUUUCUAAUGAAUUCUUCCUCCAUGAGAAGAUAGUCUUUAAUUCUCUCUAACUUCAAUAAUUUUAACCGGCACUGAGUGUGAGGGGUCACUAUAAUUAAAAAGAAAGUUUUAUUUGGAGUGUGAAGUUUGCAAUUAAGUUCACUCUUAAGGAAAAAAGGUUAAGACUUAAAAUAAGCAUAUUUUAAUUGAACAGACUGAGAAAUUCAAGGUUUGGUGAUGUUAAGUAAGCAGGUGCCUAGAUGCUAAGGGAAAAGGGACUUUGGCAGUUGUAAGCAAGCAGGUAAAAACAGGGACGAGGUCGAACGACAUCUGCUAAGUGAACUGCAAGAAAAAAAAUCAAUGACCCCAAAGAUCGUUUGCUUUGAUUUUUGGUUCCCCAUUUGUGUUAACAAAAAUAGGUACAAGUGCUGUCCAGUCAGAAUACAUUGUUGCAAGUGACCUUAGGAAUCCACCCCUGGGAGAACUGUGAAAUAUCAGUGAUAAUAACAUAUGUGGCAAACAUUUUUUUCCAUACUCUUUUGUGUUCUUUUGCCUUGAAGUCUCAUGCUACACAAGAAUUUUAGCAUAUAAAGAUAAAAAUGUCAAAUUUU